CUUGCGGCUGGCAGGCUCCAGUAUCAUUGCUGUUUGUGAAGCGAAAUAAUCCAACGAAAAGUGAUUCUUGAAGUGUUACUUGCAUGAGGUAAUUCUGGACGAAUAUAAUUCAUAUCUCCAAAAGGCAUAUAGCAAAAUGUUUUGCUAUCACUGUCCUCUGACGAUGCCUCCUUCAUCUGUGGCACCUAGGCCUCCUCCUUUGCCAUUUUCCGUCUAUUCUACCGUGUCUCCUUACAGCGGUUACGGGUACCAGUCGGACCUGCACGACGACAACUUCGUGCGACGAAAACAGAGACGAAAUAGAACUACAUUUACUGUUCAACAGUUAGAAGAAUUAGAGAAAGCAUUUGCACAGACACACUAUCCAGAUGUUUUCACAAGAGAAGAUUUAGCUAUGAAAAUUAACUUGACAGAAGCUCGAGUUCAGGUCUGGUUCCAAAACAGACGAGCAAAGUGGAGAAAGGCCGAGCGCCUACGAAAAGAAAGGGAGGAGAAAGACCGCAUUCCUUCUUCAGAUGAUCAAACCCCUAGGGACGAUCCUGCCUCCCCCGACGAAGACCCUGCGGGGGCGGAUGACCCCUCCUCUCUCCUGUUAGCACCCUCCGGAGGGGACAAGUCCGGCUCAUCUCCCUCCUCCUCCCAAAGGCACCUCACCGACGACGAGGAUGCUGACAGUUGUAGCGGCAGGGAGGACGAUCUAUCGCCGCCCCGCACAGCAGCCGCGUCCGCCGCCGCGGGAUCCGGAGAUGACGUCGCCGGGGACAGCGCUAUGGAGAAUUCCUUAGCUGUUAUUUCGAAAACGUCUUCCACUUCUUCAGCUGAAUCUUCAGUUCUGCUUGGUGGUACAUCAGAAUCGUUGGCUGAUUUCCCUUCCCUUCUGCUUGCAUCAUCUAGAUCUUCUAUGGGCUCUUUCGGGGGUGAUAGUAAUCUCUUAAAGGAUCCAUCGGGCUGUCUCAGGCCGGGUUCCUUUCUUAGGUCCUCACUCUUCUCAUCGCUCUCAUCAGGGGGUCCCCUAAGCAGUCAAGCCUGUAUGGAAAGCAUGAUGAAUCCUGCCAACCAAGGACGCUUUCCUCUACCUCCUAUGUACUUUCCGCACCACCUCAGCCAUCAAUUUACUCCUACAAGCCUGCCCUUCAAAGCAUUUCCCUUCUGCGCGUGUUGUCUUCCAAAACCCAUGACGUCAUCCAUGGUGACAUCAGAAAGCCCUUCACCCGACCCGACAUCGACAAGUGUCACAGACCUCCGACGGAAAGCUCGAGAACAUUCAGAAGCCUUGCUUCAAUCUGCUAUUCUUAAUAACGGCACUCAACAACAGAGCAGUUCUGACUGAUACAAAAAAUAUCUUUAGAAAAAAAUUUAUUCUUUUUGUUGGAAUAUCUAUUUGGAAUGAUACGGAAGAUCGUAAGAACCUUGAUGGCUACGGAUUGAACUUCAACUCCAAGAAAGAGGAUUAAUUCGGGUUGUACAGUGAUUUCUAUGGAUUAUUCCCAAAAUUUAGUGCUAAAGGAGUUUUAUUGAAGUUUGGUAUAUGUUCAAGGGAGUUGGAAUGAAAGGCAAUUUAGUGUUAUUAAAAA